AUGAAGUGGCUAGCCUUUGUUAUUGUAACAAUUUUGAGUUUGCAAAUAGCUCAGGGUUACUGUCCAUCUCUUUGUACUUGUAAGAACAAGUCUGGCGAUGGGGCGUCUACUGAACCUCUACCUGGAGAAUUACUUAGGUUAAAGUGUGGUGGUAGUCCAGCACAAAUUACAGAACUCAAAGAAAUUGACUUAAGCAAAAUUUACAACAAUGUGAUAAGCUUGAAUUUUUCUGGCAAUGCAAUUUCAACAUUAUCACGUGAGCUACAUUUACCAAAUUUACAAAAACUAGAUCUUAGUAAAAACCAAAUAAGCCUAAUUGAGUCGGAUGCAUUCUAUAACAUGACAUCACUGCAGAGGCUGGACUUGUCUUACAAUCAAAUCAGCAAUGUUUAUAAGGAAAUGUUCAAAGGGCUCGUCAACUUGGAGAGACUGGUACUGGCACAGAAUCACAUAUCGAUGCUGGCUGUAGGCACAUUUGAAUACCUCGUAGGAUUAAAACAGCUAGAUAUUACUGACAACCCAUUGAUAUGUGACUGUGAAUUACUUUGGGUCGGAGUUUGGUCACAUAAUACAUCAGUCAAACUUGUUAACAAUCCCAAAUGUGCAUUCCCUGAAAACAUGGCCAACAAGACGAUUCGCAAAUUGAAAACAUAUUUAGAUCUGUCAGCAUGUGGUAGUGUGUUGCCAACGAACUCAUUAAUUGUAAAACCAAAUUAUGACCAAGUUGUUUUCGAAGGGGACAGUCUAAUGCUAUCCUGUAAUGCUCCCUUUGCUUCUUUGAUAGUAAAAUAUGAAUUAAAAUGGGUACAUCCAAUGUUGGAGGUAUGCGAUGUAAAUGUUACAAACAGUGAAAUGUCUGAAGAUCGUUUAGCUGAAACAACUGUUUAUUUUCCUAAUAUAACUAACCAUCACAUGGGAAAUUGGACUUGCAUGUACUCAGACUCGAAUCAUAUACGGCACAAUCACACUAUUCAAGUAUUGGUAUUGUCUAAUAAGACAGAGUAUUGUUUGACAAAUCACACUUUAAAUAAUAAGGGGCUGUACUCUUGGCCUCAGUUGUUAUUGAAUCGAACAGCUGUAGUCCCUUGUCGGAGUGGAGAGGGGAUGGCGUAUAGGCAUUGUCACGCAAACGGUACUUGGGGCGAGGCAAAUACCACUGAGUGCUCAUACAUCAGCAAUGUAACAAAAUUACUGCAACAAUUUGCUUUAUUGAACGUAAGUUUGGUGCAGUAUUCUGCAUUAAACGCUACAGAGAGACUGGGAAUGUUGAUAAAGGAGAAAACAUACCCUUUGGCAGAGAUAACGGACCCUGAUGAUGUCAUGUUUAUUGCGCAGGCAGUACGGAAUUAUAUGCAAUAUAUAAGAGAAGAGAAAGAUUUGGGUUCAACGUUGCUGGAUGUUAUUAACUCGGCCAUGAACAUAACAAUGUCUGUGAUGACUCAAGCGGAGUUGCUGUACGGCUCUUGCACGGACAUGGCGCGAGCUGUCGAAGAGAUAUCUGCGUACAUCAGUAAUGUUCAGGGACAAAAGCGUAAUCUAGCGGUGGAGCGAUUCCCCGUGCGCGAGGGCUUCGGGGGGGUGACGUGCGUGUGGCACGACCGGCCCCCCGCGCUGCACUGCACCACCACCAACCGGACCGUGGCGCCGCUGCUGACCGUAGCCGACGCGACCGUACACGCCAGCGUACAGAUUCCCACAUCGCUUCUAUACAACCCUACAGAUGCCGGUAUGUUGCUGCCUACCAAAUCUCACGAUCUCAUAGUGUCCUUAUACGAGGACGCCUCACUAUUCCCGCUCUUGCCAGCUGUCAACGAACACGACGGAAUGUACCGCAGCCACAGAUCGAAGGAUUACUACGGUAGAAGCACCAAGAGGGAAGAUAUGAACAUGGAGAUCACAUCACCUGUUGUUGGAUUCCAAUUGGGUAACGUGUCGCUGUUGGGGUCGCUGCUGGAGCCGGUGAUAGUGACGGUGCGCGGGGCGGGGGGCGCGGGGGGCGCGGGCGGGGGGCGCGCCGCCACGUGGGACCCGCGCACCAGGCGGUGGACGCACAACUCGUCAGACUGUAAAGUGUCCCACGUGAUAGCAGAAAUGGUCAUAAUAAGCUGCAACAAACUAGCCUACGUAGGACUCCUGCAGAAUGUCGAGACCGGCAUAUAUGGAGCCAGAACUGACGGAGCAAGGUUCAAAGUGUCUCAUCCGGCAGUGUACGUGGGAAGUCUAAUACUGAUAGGUUGCGUGAGUUGUGCCACACUUACAUACAUAAUGUGUUAUCCGGCCAUACAAAUGGCCAAGAAAACCAAACACGCCCUAGUCAACACCUGGGCAGCGAUAGGACUCCUCUGUUUCUUGUACACUCUAGGCAUAUACCAAACGGAGGAUGUCAAACUGUGCCAAAUACUGGGACUGCUCAUACACUAUCUGUCCCUUUCCUGCUUACUGUGGAUGUGCGUGUCAGCAAGCAAUAUGUACAAAUGGGUGACAAAGACUCACAAUCCCGUGAGGACACCCGAAGAUGAUAUUCCACCUGAUGUACCUAUUCAGAAGCCUAUAUUGGGAUUGUAUUUAGUUGGAUGGGGUAUAGCUCUGAUAAUCUGUGGGAUAUCGGGAGCUGUCAAUUUGAAAGAUUACGCGGGUUAUUCUCAAUGUUUCUUGAGUACGGCGCCAGCUUUAAACUCUUUAUUCGUGCCCGGUGGUAUUCUGUUAAUGUUCCUCAUGGUGUUGUUUCUGUUGAUACGAUGUACUAUAAGAAAUAUGAAUGUGCAAUUGUCUGAAGGCACUCAAGCGACGGAGAAUGUCGAUUUAGAGAUGUGGGAACCGAAUCAGACUCCAGACAGGGCUGAAAGACGCAGUAUAAAGUCUAAUGUCGAUUCUGAAAUAGAAGACGUGGAACACACCCCUAUAAUACAACUCAGAGCUCAAAUUAUCGUUCUGUGUCUUUACAUGUCAGUUUGGACUUGUGGAGCGAUAGCCGUGUACAGACCUCUGCCAGCAUAUUUACCUUACCAGGAGGAUAUUUGUAGCAUUAUAUAUGCUGUAUGCGCGACGGUUUUAGGUACGUUCAUAUUGUUCUUCUACGGCAUAGCGAGGAGUGAUGUCAGAGCUCAAUGGUCCAUGAUGCACUGUUAUUUGCAGAAGAGCAAACAGUGCUGUAGGAAUAGAAGUGUUUUCGAUGCGAAUCAACAGAAUUUGCCUUCGAUCAAUGCAACCACGAGGCCUGUGGUUAACCCUAUACCUCAUGAUAACAGAUCACGUUCUGGCAGCAGAAGUUCGAAUAGGACUAAUUCUAAAACAAACAAUAGCGGCACUUACAAAUGUGGCGCAGAGUUGAAUGGACAAACAUUACAAAAAGACAAGGUCAAAAACACAAAUGGGAAAACGCCUAACAUCAAUCUAGUUGUAUUACACAGGCAGCAGUACCGUUCCAAUAAUUCUAUGAUGACAUACCCCGAUAACGCGACUGUCGGCCCAGAGGUAUUCUACAAUCCUAACCAAAUGAACGUAGCGAAGAAAUUCUUCAAGAAACAGCGUCAGCAUAUGAAGAGGAAUUGUCUCGAGUUACCAACAAGACGAGACUUUGAUAAUGACUCGCAUAUAUCUCUGCCGUUACCGACUAAAGAGGCCUACAAUGGAGUAGCGAAUAUCAUAAAUGCUGGUUCGAAAGUGAACAAUACUAAUUUACAUGUGGAAAGAUCUAACAACGGAAUCAAGGAGAUUCGCAACACGUUGAAUCCCAAUUUACUCGAGGAAGAGUCUAAGGACUACAAGAAGUAUUCUGCAGAUAGGAAGUCGUGGAAUAAAAUGGAUGAUCCCAAGACGAAUAGGGCACAGAUAAUGAAUAUUUACACAAAUGUCCCAGAAACGCAGGUGCCACAGCAUCAGGUCGUUAAGGCCAAUGUGCCGAAAACCUUCAACGGGCAGAGAGGUAGCGUUUCCGAAGAAUGUCUGCAGAGUCAGGCGGAACAGCCUGAAAUGCGUACUAUAUCGCAACAGUGCAGCUUAGAAUACAGUUCCGCAUCGGAAAUGCCCCACACUUGCUCCGAUCAGACAUUGAACACGCAUUCUGAGAUGACAUCUUUUCAAGAGACACAUAGUGCCUUAUGUUCAACGAAUGAGAUAACAGACACAGAAAGCUUCGGUCAGUACAUAGAUUACCUGCAGCCCAAUAAAAACCAGGACAGCAGGGAUGCCAUAGACAAAUCGUUGCAGGAUAUCUCCGAAGAAUGCACAAUGAACAGCGAAGACAUAAAUAGAUCGAGUACCCCUCAAAACUUAGAUGUCGACUUGGGAGAGAUGGAUAACUUGUUACAGCAUCCGGAUCACGAUAUAGCUGGAUCAAAAGAGAAAUUGGACGAGGACAAAGAUUCGUUUUUCAUGGCGAAAACUAUGUACGAUUUCGAGACUUGCAGUACGAACGCUAGCGAGCAAGGGUUUGAAAACGAAAGCGACAUCUAUUGUCCAAAUUAUCAGGUUUCAGAAGUGAGCAUACGCAGUCACGGGUUGUACGCUCCGUCACCGUCGUCUAUGUGUCCGAACGAAAUAAGUUUCAGUAACGAGGACGUGUCGACGAUAGAGAGUCAGUACGUGAAUUACGACCCCGGAUGGCGUAAAACCAUAAAGAGCAAUCCGAAGUUAGGGAAAUACGUGCCAACUCCGGCUUUGAGUUGUCCCGAAGUGAACAGAGACAGUAGUCCGGUUUCGUUCGCGAGCGAACUAGACGAGUUAUAUACGCAGAUAACUGGCAGGGACAAAGAGAGAACGCAUCGGAAGGAGGGUGGUUUGGAUGUGACAUUGAACAGUGACGUCACUCUUAAGCCUGACAGUGACAGUUGUGUGAGCGAGGCAGUUUCUGAUGUGGAUAACAACGGCGAGACAACGGUCUAG